AUGGAGGCAGCUAUUGACACUAUCAAACAGUUGGCAACGGCUGCCAGCGAGGCAACUCGUCAGGAGGUGAUAAAAUCUUUGACCAAGCUUAUUUUUGCUUUAGAAGGCCCCAGUGACACUAUUCAUAGAUAUGGGCAUAUGCAUCUACAAACUGCCAUAAUUAGGAUCGGCUUUGAUUUAGGCCUCUUCAAAUUAUUGGCUGAUGCGAAUGGGCCUCUGUCAGUGGACGAAGUUUCCCAGAAAACCGGCGCUGAGCCCCAGUUGAUGAGUAUGUUGAAAAAAAAAAAAAAAAUUAUUUCUGCAACUUUAGUUAACAUGUACCUUGCCGCCAUUGACUUAGUGGACGAAGUUUCGGCUACUCAGUAUGCCGCAAAUAAUGUAACCCGAAAUCUUACUGACAAGUCUGUUGAGGCUGGCUUGUGCCACUACUUCUACACUGCCUCACCUCAGUAUGAAGCACUCCCUGGCUUCUUGAAAAGAACCAAGUACCAAAACCCAGUUGACGAGCUACAUACUGCCUUUCAAGAUGCCUGGAAGACGGAUCUUCAUGCGUUUGCAUGGUUCAGUGACCAUCCUGCGCAGCUUACCUACUUCAAUAACUACAUGGCUCUUCGUCGUACGCCUGAAGUUUCGUGGCUUUCAGUGUAUCCCGUUGCUCGUGAGAUUGAGGGCUGGGAUUCAAAGGACAACACCAGGGCUAUCUACGUUAACAUUGGAGGAGGUAUAGGCCAUCAGUGCAAACAAUUCAAGGACAAGUAUCCUGAUUUGCCUGGAAGGGUGAUAUUGCAGGACCUACCACAUUCAAUCUCAAAAGCACUGCCAACACCUGGUGUAGAGAACAUGGAACAUGACUUUUUCCAGCCACAACCAAUUAAAGAUGCCAAAUUUUACUUCCUCCGUGGAGUCCUCCACGAUCAUCCGCCCCAUCAGGUGCGAAAGAUCCUCGAACAAACAAAAGCAGCCAUGGGACCUGAAUCUGUUAUGUUGAUUGAUGAGAUGAUCCUGCCAACGACUGGAGUAAACAACAUGGCUGCAUCUGUUGACAUGACUAUGCUCACUGCAUUAGCAGGCAUGGAGCGCACCGAGGCCCAGUGGCGCAAUACUCUCGAAGAGGUAGGGUUGGAGGUUGUGGGCACUUUCCCAUACUCUGCAAAAAAUUAUGAGGGAGUGAUACAGGCAAGGCUGCCAAGAUAG